AUGGAAGAGAAUGUGUUCAGCGUGCAGCAGAUCCAGCCCAACGUCAUCUCGGUGAGGCUCUUCAAGCGCAAGGUGGGCGGCCUCGGCUUCCUGGUGAAGGAGCGCGUCAGCAAACCGCCCGUCAUCAUCUCGGACCUGAUCCGGGGCGGGGCCGCCGAGCAGAGUGGCCUCAUCCAGGCUGGGGACAUCAUUCUAGCCGUCAAUGGCAGGCCCCUGGUGGACAUGAGCUAUGAGACGGCGCUGGAGAUCCUGAGAAGCAUCGCCUCCGAGACCUACGUGGUCCUCAUCCUGCGCGGCCCCGAGGGCUUCACCACUCACCUGGAGACCACUUUUACGGGCGACGGGACGCCCAAAACCGUCCGUGUCACCAGACCCCUGUGCCCGGCUCCGAAGGCGGUUGACUUGUCCAACCCAAGCGUUCCCGGCAAAGAGCAGCCACUGCCAGCAGCCAUGGGAUCGCUGUGGACCAGGGAAAUGGGGAAGGAGGUGCAGCCCAUGGUCCACGUUAACGGCGUCGUUCCCGGCAGCAAAGAGCCGGACGCCGGCAAGGGCAAGGACAAGGACGGGGCUUGUGGUCACUCCUGUCUCAACGGCGGCGUGGAAGACAACGAGCUGCUCAAAGAGAUCGAGCCCGUCCUGGACCUGCUGAAGAGCAGCAGUAAGGACAGCGAUGGAGAUGCGCCCUCCAAGGUAGAGACACGGGAUAUAGAAGUCCAGGUGGACUGUUUCAGGGAAGGGGAGAACAACCCCCAGAAAGCUUUGCCGGCUCGGAUGGAGAACGAUCGUGUCCUGGGGGACCUGUGGGGGAAGAGCAACGUCCCCGUGGUCCUGAACAACCCCUACUCCGAAGCAGAGCAGCCGCCGCCAGCCGGGCGCCAAUCCCCGACCAAGAACGGGAGCCCUUCCAAAUGCCCUCGCUUUGUGAAAAUCAAGAACUGGGAGACGGGCUCCGUGCUCCACGACACCCUGCACCUCAAGACUGCCAUGGCCACGGCGUGCACGGAGCAGAUCUGCAUGGGCUCCGUGAUGACCCCCAGCCCCCACAUCCGCAAGUCAGAGGACACCAGGACCAAGGAGGAGGUGCUGCUCCUGGCCAAGGACUUCAUUGACCAGUACUACUCCUCCAUAAAGAGAUCCGGCUCCAAGGCCCACAUGGAGAGGCUGGAGGAGGUGACCAAGGAGAUUGAGGCCACCGACACCUACCAGCUGCGGGACACGGAGCUGAUCUACGGAGCCAAGCACGCCUGGAGGAACGCGGCACGGUGCGUGGGCAGGAUCCAGUGGUCCAAGCUGCAGGUGUUCGAUGCCCGGGACUGCACCACAGCCCAUGGGAUGUUCAAUUACAUCUGCAACCACAUCAAGUACGCCACCAACAAGGGGAACCUCAGGUCUGCCAUCACCAUCUUCCCGCAGCGCACGGACAGCAAGCACGACUUCCGCAUCUGGAACGCGCAGCUGAUCCGCUACGCCGGCUACAAGCAGCCCGACGGCACCGUCCUGGGGGACCCCGCCAACGUGGAGCUGACCGAGAUCUGCAUCCAGCAAGGCUGGAAGGCUCCGUACGGGCGCUUCGAUAUCCUGCCCCUGCUCCUCCAGGCCAACGGCAACGACCCUGAGCUCUUUGAAAUCCCACCAGAGCUCGUGCUGGAAGUGCCCAUCCGACACCCCAAGUUUGAGUGGUUUAAAGACCUGGGCCUGAAGUGGUACGGGCUGCCAGCCGUUUCCAACAUGCUCCUGGAGAUCGGGGGCUUGGAGUUCUCCGCCUGCCCCUUCAGUGGCUGGUACAUGGGCACGGAGAUCGGCGUCCGCGACUACUGCGACAACUCCCGCUACAACAUCCUGGAGCAAGUGGCCAAGAAAAUGAACCUGGAUAUGAGGAAAACGUCCUCGCUGUGGAAGGACCAGGCCCUGGUGGAGAUCAACAUCGCUGUGCUCUACAGCUUCCAGAGUGACAAGGUGACCAUCGUGGAUCACCACUCGGCCACCGAGUCCUUCAUCAAGCACAUGGAGAACGAGUACCGGUGCCGGGGGGGCUGUCCCGCCGACUGGGUCUGGAUUGUCCCGCCCAUGUCGGGCAGCAUCACCCCCGUGUUCCACCAGGAGAUGCUCAACUACCGCCUGACGCCCUCCUUUGAGUACCAGCCGGACCCCUGGAACACCCACGUCUGGAAAGGGGUCAAUGGGACACCCACCAAGAAGAGAGCCAUUGGUUUUAAGAAGCUGGCAAAGGCUGUGAAGUUCUCAGCCAAGCUGAUGGGCCAAGCCAUGGCCAAGAGGGUCAAGGCCACCAUCCUGUACGCCACGGAAACGGGGAAGUCCCAGGUCUAUGCAAAAACCCUGUGUGAGAUCUUCAAACACGCCUUUGAUGCCAAGGUGAUGUCCAUGGACGAGUACGACGUGGUGCACCUGGAGCACGAGACCAUGGUCCUGGUGGUCACCAGCACCUUUGGCAACGGGGACCCACCUGAGAAUGGAGAGAAAUUUGGCUGUGCAUUAAUGGAGAUGAAGAAUCCCAACUCCAACCUGGAGGAGAGGAAGAGCUACAAGGUCCGGUUCAACAGCGUCUCCUCCUACUCGGACGCACGGAAAUCCUCCAGUGAUGGCCCUGACUCCAGGGACAACUUCGAGAGCACGGGGCCCCUGGCAAACGUCAGGUUCUCCGUGUUCGGGCUGGGCUCCCGGGCUUACCCCCACUUCUGCGCCUUCGCCCGCGCCGUGGACACGCUCCUGGAGGAGCUGGGGGGAGAGAGGAUCCUCCGCAUGGGAGAAGGGGAUGAGCUCUGUGGCCAGGAGGAAUCCUUCAGGACCUGGGCCAAGAAGGUCUUCAAGGCAGCGUGUGACGUGUUCUGCGUGGGGGACGACGUCAACAUCGAGAAAGCCAACAACUCCCUGAUCAGCAACGACCGCAGCUGGAAGAGGAGCAAGUUCCGCCUGACCUACGUGGCUGAGGCCCCGGAGCUCACACAAGGACUGUACAGCAUCCACAAAAAACGCGUCUAUGCAGCCCGGCUCCUCACGCGCCAGAACCUGCAGAGCCCCAAGUCCAGCCGCCUGACGAUUUUCCUGCGCCUGCACACCAACGGGCACCAGGAGCUGCAGUACCAGCCCGGGGACCACCUGGGCGUCUUCCCGGGCAACCACGAGGACUUGGUCAAUGCCCUCAUAGACAGGCUUGAGGAUGCCCCUCCGACCAACCAGCUGGUGAAGGUGGAGCUGCUGGAGGAGAGGAACACAGCUCUAGGUGUCAUCAGCAACUGGACAGACGAGAACCGUGUCCCACCCUGCACCAUCUUCCAGGCCUUCAAGUACUACCUGGACAUCACCACGCCUCCCACCCCGCUGCUGCUGCAGCAGUUUGCUCUGCUGGCCACCAGUGACAAGGAGAAGAAACGUCUGCAGGUCCUCAGCAAGGGCUUGCAGGAGUACGAGGAGUGGAAGUGGUCCAAGAACCCCACGAUCGUGGAGGUGCUGGAGGAGUUCCCCUCGGUGCAGAUGCCCUCCACGCUGCUGCUCACCCAGCUGCCCCUCCUGCAGCCUCGCUACUACUCCAUCAGCUCGUCCCCGGAGAUGUACCCAGGAGAGGUGCACCUCACCGUGGCUGUGGUGUCCUACCGCACCCGAGAUGGAGAGGGACCAAUCCACCACGGAGUGUGCUCCUCGUGGCUCAGUCGGAUCCAGACGGAUGAAGUGGUGCCCUGCUUUGUACGAGGUGCCCCCGGGUUCCACCUGCCCCAGGACCCCCAGGUGCCCUGCAUCCUCAUCGGCCCCGGCACCGGCAUCGCCCCUUUCCGGAGCUUCUGGCAGCAGCGGCUCUUCGACAUCCAGCACAAAGGGCUGAAGCCCUGUCCCAUGGUGCUGGUGUUUGGCUGCCGGCAGUCCAGGAUCGAUCACAUCUACAAGGAGGAGACGCUCUUUGCCAAAGCCCAGGGUGUCUUCAGAGAGCUGUACACGGCCUAUUCCCGGGAACCCGACAAACCAAAGAAAUACGUGCAGGACGUGUUACAGGAGCAGCUGGCCCAGACCGUGUUCAAAGCACUGAAGGAGCAGGGAGGCCACAUCUACGUCUGCGGGGAUGUCACCAUGGCCGGGGACGUCCUCAAGGCCGUGCAGCUCAUCGUGAGGCAGCAGGGCCAGCUGUCGGCCGAGGAGGCAGGAGCCUUCCUCAGCAAGCUGCGGGAUGACAGCCGGUACCACGAGGAUAUUUUUGGAGUCACCCUGCGCACGUACGAGGUGACAAACCGCCUUAGAUCCGAGUCCAUCGCGUUCAUCGAGGAGAGCAAAAAAGACACGGAUGAGGUUUUCUGCUCCUAACUGGACCCUUCUCCCCCAGGGGAUGCCAAACCAGUCCCAGCACCUGCUGCCCCCUCCAGCUGGAGGGCACUGGGUUUUGUAUUUCACGGACACGGUGGCUCCUUUCCCAGGGGAACUGCCCAUGGAAAGCACUCUGUCUCUCGUCCUGUUGUCGUGUCCCGAUGAUGAUGAUGAUGAUGAUGAUGACUUUUAUUUCCUUUCCUUCCUCCUUCUCUUGCUCUUGUCCUGUGGCCAUUUCUUUUCACCUCCUUCCCCGUCCCUGGAUUUCCCUACUGGAGUUCGAUGGCUUUAUAACCUGCAGUGGCUCUUUUCAGAAUUCCACACUUCCCCUCCUUCCCAUGAGGGCAUUUUGCAGCUGCAUGAAAUCGCCACCUUUGUGAUCAUUUUUGGGAGUUUCUGGGGGUGAGCAGAGGUGGCAGGGGCUGGGCAAUGGCGAGGUCUUGUUCCUUGUCCAGAGCUGGGGGUUGUUCCUGCCAGGCUCCCUCUUUCCCCAGCUCGGGGCUUGGCUGAAUCCUUGUGUUUUCGUGGCUUUUCUCUGGAUUUGGACAAACCUAGGCACAUGCCCGAGGCUGGGGGCAGAUGAUGGGCAAUUCCCUUGAAUUUUAUUCAUCCCCAAGCAGCCUGGGUACAGCUGUGUGAUUUUUGAUCUGAUUUAUGUGUCACGAUUCCUCCUAAACGGGCCCUGCUUUGUCUCUCUUCUCCUGCUCUCUUUUCCUGCUCCCUGUGAGCCUCUCCUUUUGCUCAGUCCCAACUUGUGCUGGCUUGGAAGUUCUCCCGCAAGCUCUGAACACACAGGCUGAUGUGCAGGCCAAGGAAAAGCUCCUGGCAGUGACUUCUCCAGGGGAUUUUCCAGGGAAUAUUUGAUCUGCAGCCACGCUGAGGGCCUGGCUGCACCCAGAGCUUUGCACACUCUGAUCCCUCUCCCAGGUGAGCCUGGAAAGCCACGAGGAUGGGACAGAAGCAGCUCCCAGCUGCCAGAGGGAACAAAGGCAGCACUUGGAGGGGGAUGGGGGCUCCAGGUCUUUGGCGAGGAUGUGCCAACAGAGGAAUCGUGAAAUCCCAGAGCCAGCAGCCCUUAGCAUAUCUCGUGAGCACUUCUGGGACAGCAGACCCCAGCCCCUUCCACAUUUUAGGGAGCAGAAAGUGCCACCGUGGAGCCGCCUGCCUGCCAAGAGAGACGUGUGUGGCGUUUUGGGGGUGAGCCAGGUCCCUCUGUGCCACCUGCCAGUGGCAUGAGCUGUCUCAGCCAGGACACCUCCUGUGAGAAGGGAGGUGAGAUCAGCUGCAAAGGUGCUGGGCUCUGACACGCUCACACCUCAGCCUGCUGCAAGAACCUGGCCCCAAAAGCAAUUUGUUAACACAACCACAGAAAGGUUGGAGGAACCAGAAAACCUCUAACAGAGAAAAGCUGUCUGCAAGGGAAAGCAAACCUGACCUUGUGUGUCCUUCCUCCUGCUGCACCCUGAAGAAUCACAGAGCAUUCUGAAUUGGAAGGGACCCACAAGGAUCAAGCCCAGCUCCUGAGUGGAUGGCCCACCCAGGGAUUGAACCUCGGCGUUUUUAGCACCAGGCUCUGCCCAGCUGAGCCCAUCCCAGGCUUGUCCUCCCUCACUGCCACCACCAGGACAGCAGGACACGGCCACAGCUCCUGCUGGAGCCAGGGAUGCAGGGUUGGCAUCGUGAGGUGGCAGCUGCUGAUCCUCCCCUCCUGCCCUGCUGUGCCCAGCUGUGCUUGGAUAUCCUGGAUGGAGCCGAGCACCAGAACUGCUGAUGGCACAGGGAUUGCCCAGGAGCUUUCACAGGCCUGAGAUCACCUGCCCUGAGCUAAAGGCAGCACAGAAACAGCUGCAGGAGCUCUGCUGCUCUCCCAGCCCAUGGAACAAGCCCCAGUGUCUCAGGCUGUGCUGUUAUUCCCACCCUCAGCCACAAUCUCCUGCCCACUCCUGCCCCGUCUCCGUGGGCUGUGGCACCUGCUGCAGCUUCGAUUCCCUGAAUCCCUGAAGCAUCUCCAGCCCAAAAUCCAGGAGCAGACGGCUCCAGGCACCGGGAGAAUUUGAGAUUCAGGUCCGCGGGUGCCAGCUGAGCAUCCAACACGGGAUAAAACGAACAAAUGCUGCCACGGUGUGGCCAGAGCUGAGCUGGCAGGGCUGGGACGCGCGGCCGGCUCUGUGGCACUGCCUCGGCACUUGGUGACCUGGAGGGGAAAGCUGGAGAGCGCGGAGGAAAGGACAGCCCGCCGGAAUCCCAGGGCAGGCAGUGGGAUGGGAGAGCUGGGUCCCUUGGCUUGGGAUGUGUGAGUUUGGGAGAGGUCCUCUCUGGGAGAAAACUCCCUGGCUCCAGAGCUGGGAACACGCAGCAAGCUUGGCCUUGACCCCCAUCCUGGGGCUGCAGAAACAAAAUGAAAACCAGGAAGGAAAUCAGAAAGAAAAUCAAACUCAUCCUCUUCUUUUGAGAAAUUCUAGCUCUGGCUUUGUGCUCUGGUCCUCCUUUAGAAGAAGGGAAGAUGCAACCUGACGAGGAGGAGGAGGAGGUAAUGCCCAAAGAACCAUCUCUGUCCUCUUCCCAGCUCCCGCCGUGGUGCUGGCAGGGUUUCCCUCCUGUCCUGCCUCCUGCCUGCCCUGCUGUACCAUCUCCUACCUGCAGCCCGUGCCUGAGCUGCAUUAUCUUGCUUUUCCUGCAUCCCAAAGCUCAUCACCUCCGUCCCCCCUGCCAGGGGAGGAGCAGGGCAGCACAGCCCUCCUCCCCCGGCUCUGCAGAGGGUCUGGGCAGGCAGGCAGAGCUCAGACACCGCCUGGCUGAGCCCUGCCGAGCCCUUGGAGGGGAAAUGCUGGUUUAAGGCUCCUUCCCUGGACCUGGAGCAGAAAUCCCCUCCCUGCCAUGAAGGUCCAUGAGGUUAAAGACCCCCGGGGCUCCGAGCUGCCUCUGCUCCUGCUCUGCUCACAAGCUGCACCACUGGGAAUUUUGAUUCGCUGUUUGCUGUUGAGUCAGUCUCAGACGUCUGAACUGCUCCCCUUCAUCCCCUCCACCUGCAGGGGCUUCGCACUCCCCUCGAGCUCCAUUUCCUCCCAUAGCAACAGGGGGAAGAAACUUGUGGAUGUGCUUUAUUAUUCCUGAGAUGUGGCUCUUCCAGCCUGGCCUCUGCUCGGCUCGCCGUGGCCUUUCUGACGUGCGGGUGUAGCCACAAAAUCUCUGCUGUGAACACAGAGCGAGGUGGGUCUGCCUUGCCCGGUGCCCUGAGCUGCUCCAGGGGUCACACACAGGGGCUCUGGGGCACUCGGGUGACAAAUCUGUCCCCUCUGGGUGCCUGCUGCCCCCUCCUGUGCUGGACCUGAUGGACCCAGCCUGGGCAGCGUCCCAGUCGCUCUCCCGAGGAUCUCCACCACCACCACCACCCCAGUUUGGAACAGCUCUGUUCCUUUUCACUCUCCAGGUGUUAAAGAGACUCUUCUCUGAACAGGUUUGAUUUUCAAGACACCACAAAGUGGGUUUUUUUACAAAGAUUUCACUUCCUAGGUCUUUCAAAUGUCCGCAGAGAGUAAUUACAUGGAUUUGAAAAGCCAGGGGGAAAGGUUCUGUGUUUUCCCACCCUGCUGUAUCCACCAGCAGGGAAAAACCAUUCAGUGCACGGGUAUCCAGUGCUGUGCUGUUGGUGAUUUCUGAGGUUUCAUCUCCUGGGAAGGGCUGCCUGGGAGUUUGUUGUUCUUCUGUUUAUGAGAGACAGCGGCAAAACAAUGAGACAACAGCAAAACAAUGAGACAACAGAAAAACAAUGAGACAUCUGCCACCAGGAGUGGCCUCACAGAGCUCUCACCUCCACAUCGUGGCCUGAGCUCGUUGCUCGAGAGGAGCUGAGCCAAACUGGCCAGAGAACGGGAUCUGGCUCUGGGCUGUGCACGCUCCCUGUCCCCUCUGUGCCUGUGUGUCCCCAGGGGGAGCAGGGACUGUGCCCACACCCUGAGCACGGGGCUCUGAGGGCUCUGAGGUGUCUGUGCACAGCCAGCAGUCCUGCAGCCGUGUGCUGGGCCAGGAGCCACAGCCUGCGGGGAGGACACGGGAACAGACAGGACAAUGCCCCCGUGGCCAGCCUGUGCCUGCUCCUUCCCUGUCGGAGUGUGAUUCCUGUCACCCCGUGCUGGCUGUUCCCCUGGGGAUCCCUCCCUGGCAGCCCUGCCUGCCCAGCUGGACGUGCAGGGGCUGGCUGGGCACGGAGCCACAGUGCCUUGUGCUGGGAAGGGAGCACGGCACUGCUCCUGCCUCGGGCUCCUUUUCCAGGGGUGGGGAAUCCCCCCUGGAUAACUGGGAGCAAAGCCAGCCCCAUCUCCCCGAGCUGGGGUUUCACAGGGGGUGGAGGUGGGGAUCACAGUGUGGGUGCAGGCUGGGGCUGUGAACUCUCCCACAUGCUGAGACCCCGUUCUGGUCAAACUGGGGGGAGAGGUCGUGUUUGUGCUCGAAGCCUCAUGGACUUGCACCAAGCCCAAGCCAAAGCUGCUGCCUCCUGACCACUGAAGCCAUUCCAUUGCCCCCUGAGGGUUCCCACCAUUUUUUGGAAGGAUGAUUUUAAUGCUCAAAACUCGAUUCUGCUCCUGCUUUCACUUGGGACUCGUUCUCAGCUUCAGAACUGCUCUGAUAACUCUGCAAUUGCGUUGGGAGUCCCUUCACAGAACAGAUGGAGACACAUUUCAGGACCAUUCAACUUUGCUGUAACUCCCUGUUUGUUAUAACAAUUCCUUCUGCCGUAACAGGGAGAGCAAAAUUUGGCCAGUGCUCUUGAAAAACUGAACUUGGAUACAAUUAGCCUGGAAUCCAAGUCCGCCCAGAUCCAAAAUGCCUUCCACACCUGCUGGCUUCAGUGGCACUGGGGAUUUUGGCAGCUUGCACAGCAGCAGCAGCAAUUUCAGAAUAUUUUUGCGUGUGUCAAUCUGCGCUUGCACGUGCCUGCAAUGCAUGGCUCCAGCAAUCCCUGGGAAAUCUCCCCUUUCCCAGGAAAAUCCCAGCUCCAGCUUCUUCCAUGUGGCCCUGUGUGCUCAGCAGGGAGUCAGGGGAGAGGGAGAAAGCUGCUGCUUUAAAGCACUUGGUUCCAGAGGUGAAACAGAAUUUAUGAGAGGUCAAAAUUAGCCCAGGGAAACUCGUGGCAUUUCCAAGCAUUGCCAUGCAGAUCCACCUUUUUUCUCCUGCUAGGAGAAGGAAGUAGACUGGCAAUUCCUGGCCUCCACCCCUACAGAUGUUUGGCUGUGAUGGAAAUUUGAGCCCUGGAAUCACAGGAGUAAAAUCCCAAGAGGUUGUGAGCUCAGAGCUGAGCAGUGGCAGCACCUCACUGCCAGGGCUGCUGCUCUCCUGCCUCACUCAUCCACGUCCUGCCUGGCCAGAUUUUGGGGAAGGAGGAGGGAGGAAGAGCCUCAAAGUGAGCAAAUCAGACCUGUGAGGCUGGCCCUGAGAAUUCCUGGUUUACCAGGAGCCUAUAGGCUGAAGUUUUGCAGCUAUUCCUCAUUGCUGUGGAGAGCAAUUGGGCAAGACUCCUGUAUCCAAAGCUUUCAGAGCUGUUCUGGAGCUGUGGAAAAGCAGGAACUGGGAUGCAGGGCAGCUCUCUGCAGGGCUGGUGCAGAAAUCUGGGAGGGGAAAACACCAGGCAAAGUAUUUUCCUUCCAGGGGCAUCCUUAAUACCUGGAAAAUUGAAAAUCUAAAUACUGGAAAAGUUGGUGUAAGAGAGGAACUAAUUCAAGGCUUCUUUUUGCUGCUUUGUUUUCAUGUGUUGGUUUUGGGGUGAGGAAAGCAAACAGAGAGCAAGCAGCCAGUGUAUCAAAUUUGGAUUAAAUCAAACUUUUUGUUCCUACAAUAACUACUGGCAGAGAUUUUUUAAAUUUAUCGAGGGCAACAAAACAGCCUUAAUUAACUGAGACAUUAAUGCUCCUUGCUUCUGAGCCUGCUUUUUUGUUCUCCUCUCCGUGUGAUCGUGGCAUGGAAUCCUAUCUUAAGAAAAGCCACUUCCCAGUAGCCCAGAGGAUGUUCAGGAGCAGGAGAUGGGGUUGGAGAAUCUCCCUGCGAGUGAGAUUCAGUGCAAGAUCCCUGCUUUGCCAAAACCCUACAAUAUAGGCAAAUCCCCACAGUUCCCAAGGUUGAAUUCCCAUGCUCUGCUGCCUCGAAAUGCCUUUAAAAACCCCGGGCUGUGUGUGCUUUGUGAGCAUGCUGCAGCUUUUCCAGAGUGCACACACAGUUCCCCAGGCAGAGGAUGAGCAGAGCAGGAUGACUUUCAGCUGGGACUCAUCGCUUUUUAGAUUGCACAGAGUUAAAAACACCACUUCUGCCAGCUGCCCGGGGAAUUUGAUGUUCAGUGCCAAUUAAAUUUUGUAAUAGGAGCAGGGAUUUAUCCCCUCGGCUCCCCCAGGCACCUUUAGUCGCAGACUCAAAGGUUGGGUUGGAGUUUUUCUUUUUCCAGUGGCCUUUUCCUGAAGAGCAGCAGUGCCAUGAUGAGGACGGGGACUGGGCUGGGGAAGGUGGCAGCUUUGGGGCAGGGAACUCCCAAAUUUUCCAUUGUAAACCCUUCAGAUGUGGGUAAAUCCUGCUGGGCUGGGUGGGGCUCCAAGCCCUGGCUGCUCCCUGCUCCCCUCACAGCCUCACGUCACUGUGCCUUCAUUCGCUCGAGGAAAUGAUGCCAAGAUUUGAGCCUGGCACUCUCGCUUUGCAUCCCACCCCACAGGUGAGUGUGGAGCAGGGGGAGCUCCUUUUGUAGCUGUUUUCUGUGUGAUCCCAGGGUAGGUUUGUGCUGAGGCCGCAGGGGUGGGGUGAGCCCGAGCUGUGUGUGAUCCUACCAGUGCUUUAAGCAGCCAGAAACGUGGUCCUUCCCCUACCUCCGAGCUCUCAAUGCUGCUAAAAUCUCUGCCAUUCGUCCCCCGUGCUCCAGCCCCUCUCAGACUGGCUCUGGCUCUGUUUGCAAGACAUCCUCGUUGUUCUGAAGCAUGCACCUCUCUCUGUAUAGUCCCAAACUUCUGAUUUUAUGGAAUACUUAUGCCUGUUUGCAUUACGGUCAAAAUAAAAAAAAGUGAA